UGUCCUGACCCUCGGUACCAUUCUGCUCGACCUGCCGCACACCGGACUGACUGUCGCUCAGAGCUCCAAGUUUCAAAGACAGAGUCAUCGUCGGGAAUAGGGCUACACAUGCGAAGCGCCUUGCGCGGGUUCUCGCCGACCUCCCGGGUGUCAGUCAGAGGAGCCCCCCGAAGCUCCGCUGCGUGUGCAGACUCUGGGCGAGGGACCGGUUGUAUGGGACUGUUGGCGUCUCCCACAUGUGUUUCGCUUUCUGUUUCCUUCUCUUGCCAAACAUAAUUUUUUUUAAAAAAAAGGCGUGCCUGCUCUCUGCACAAGGAAACUGCCUUUUUGCAUAAAUACUCAUCGAUAUAUAUAUUUUUACAAGCCCCCCUUCUGCUGUAGCGAGAGGUGAUAGUGAAUCUGUUCCGUGACUCCCACAGAAAACAUGCCACAACAGUCGGAAUUCAACUGUCGCUACUAACCGGAUCUUCGUGAAGGGAGAGUGCGAAUAACAUCACCAAGAUUCCUUAUGAAGGAGGCAAAUCAGAAGUGUAACGUGGCAGAGGGAUUAAACUCAGGGGCACGCAGGAACUGUCGGUAUCCUCAGAAAGAGUUCUCAAGCCAGUCCGGAACUGUCUACCGGCUCAAGACUUUGAUAAACAGCGUGAUUUGCCUGCAGUUAUUUCUGCCCAAUAUAUUUGGAGGACCUAUAUGCAAGACAGGGAACCCAGUGACUGAUGAUAUAAAACGCAUUGAUGAACUGGUUGGGAACUUGCCAAGUGAUUACAAAAUCCAGAUAAGAUAUAUUUCUAAAGUCCCUAAUGUGACAGAUACAUGUUGGCUGCAUCUAACAGUACCCGAAAUGUCCUUCAGCUUAGACAGCCUUUCAGAUAAGUUUGCCAAGAACUCAUCAAAUUAUUUAAUUAUUGAGAAGCUCCACCGGAUUCUGAAUGGUAUUCACAACUGUCUGUCUGAAGAUGGAAAGGAUUACGUGGAUGAAUCCGAAUACACUUGUGAAAAAUCCAACCUGGAGCCCAGGCAAUACUUCAAUUACUUCAACGAAAUCAUUGGCGCCUUCCAGUCAGCAGAGGACAGCAGCCCGUGUGACUCCGACGUCAGCUGCAGGGUGGAGGAGCCAGACGCAGGGCGUGUCUCCAACUCUACCUUAUACACUCUGGAGCAGAUAACUAAAACCUGUGUGCCCAGGUGUGAACACACACAUCCGGAGCGGGGUAGGCCGGUCCGUGCUAAGAGACACUCUCUCACAGCCAAUCAGCCACUAAGCGAUCUCAAUCAUAUCAAGGGAGGUUGUAUCAACUGUGCCACAUUAAUGGACCAUUUUCCUAUGAUUCUGACCACCGUUGCUUGCACUGCGACGAUCACUGUGAUUCUCACGUGCCUCAUCAUCCAGACACAGAAGAGAAAGCGAAACAGUAGACGUAACCCAACGGACAACGAGCAUGAAGCAGCAAGGUUGGAGACAGAGCAAGAUGUCCAAUUCAUCGCUGAAAAUCAAGAUUCUUGUACAUAAAGUUACCAGCUGAUAAUGUGGUAGUCAGUUUUGUGCAGUUUCUGAACUGGUCCAAUAUUUUCCACACCUGUAUUAUUUCCAUUUGACAUGAAGAAGAAACGGGAUUGAUGCGAUGGACUGGUGGCAUCUCCUUUGGUGAGAUGGUUGCGGGAGGUCCCCACUGAGCGUUGGAUGGGUACCUUCGCUGACAGAAGUGCACCUUCGUUCUCCGAGUGGAAGCCCCUUCUUGUCAUCCCUAACUUGCAAUGAAUCCACAUCGCACCAGGACUUUCCAUCAGCUCAGAGAAGGCAAUGAGUUUAGCUUGGAACUGAUGGUGGAAUAAGGAGAAAGCAGUGAUUUAUACCAACUUCAUGGUGUAAAAAAGUACUUUGGGUUCUUACAGGACUACCUGUAUCUAAACGAGGUCAUAAACUUAGCAGCAAUGAGAUGUCGGUUCUACGCUUUAUUUAGAAUGAUGCAACACAGAAGGCGGCCAUUCGGCCCAAGGUAGCCCUGCUGGACAUUACACAACAUAGCACAUAUUGAGUUUGAAGGCACAGACAAACUUGCAGGUGAAGACACAUUGGGAAGGCUCUGAUUUUGCCGGGGUUUCCAAAAUGCUCAGCUGUCUCAGCCUGGCCAAUGUAACCCAUUUGGCAUUAAGCUGAGAUCUCAAAGAUAACUCAGCAAUAAAGAUCACUCCUGUAGAAAGCCAUUCUGUAUAGGAGUAUAGGAGAAUCCGAAGAUCCAGGUUUCUCACCUCACUUAGAUAGUCCUGGAAUUUUUGAUGCCUCUCUCCUAACCAAACCGGUAGAUAUCCAAUAUGAACCAGUUAUUAUUCUUUUUGUAUAUUAUAGUCAAUGUUGAAAUAAUGAAUGGGUCACAUUGAUAAAUCUGCAUCAAUGUGUCAGAACAAUAAUUUGCAAAGGCAUAUCCUAUGAUCUAAACUAUACCAAUGUAAUUAUGUCUUUAAAUGGAAUUAUAGCUGAUAUUUAACCCAGUAUAAUAUUCACAUUCUAAUUAACUGUUCAUUCUUCUUGUCUGAGGGAGUGCACACUAAUUGGCUAAUAUGUUUCUCACAAUGAAAAGUCAUUUCAUUGGCUGAACAGGGUCCUAAGGUAAUGGAAGCACUUUAUCAUUGGCUGUUUCUGUACCUAGCUCAUUGGUUUGUUACCUCACCUCUAAGUCAUGUGAUCAGUAGGAAUGUGCAAUGGCUUCCUGCUGUGCUGAGAAAGUGUGGCAUUGUCAAUGGUGUCUUUCAGAUGAAACAUUAAAGCAAGAUUGUCUCUGCUCUCUCAAGUGCUUGCAGAAGAUUUUACAGCAGUAUUUUGGAGUGAAACAGAAGUUCUUCCUGGUAUCUUUCCUUUUCCAUAUUAUAUGUCUAAAUCAUGAAUGGUCACAUCAUUUAAAAUGCAGCAAAGAAAUGGAACCUCAGUCAUAAAAGGCACAUUCUACAGCUAUUAAAAUACCAGUGCAAGUAUGUCUUAAUUUAAUCUGACAAUCAACAUCACCAAAAUCAAAUUCCCCGAGGCCUUAAAACUCUAACAAAGAAUAUCCUGAGAUGUGAAAGGUGCUACAUGAAUACAACUUCCUUCUUACAAAACAGUGUUGACCUGAUCAGAUCUUUUGGGCACAAUGUCCAUGAGGAAACCAGCUUAUGGUGAGCAAAUAGGGUUUCACCCUCAUUUCCCUGACCUUAACCUUCCCUUUCUUAGCUACAUUCUUCACCCCUCUACUAAUGUGUUUCAUCUCCAGGAACAGAUGUCCAUUACUUUGACGUUGACAAAUACCCUUUCAGCUACCCUGUUGCCCAACCACCAGAAACCCCUCCCUAAACUUCACCAGCUUUCCUUCAAGCCUCCUCAAAGUCCAUCCCAGCUUUUGGACCCCUGCCCCAGUUUGUGUCAAAUGCGUGAUAUUGACUACUGGUAAAGGAUUUUACUGUGUCAAAUGUCCUGUGUCAAGGAAUAUUGAUGUGUAUACUCUAAACCACUGUGGGGGGUGGGGGGGUCACAUCUGAUGGGAAUGAUAGACAGUAUUCCAAGGAAUAUACAUUUUUUAAUAAAUUUCUGGAUUUUAUAACUAUUCCUGGUCUCAUUUUCCUGUGUUUUUGCCCAUUCCAUGUGACUUCACAUUGUCCCCUAGAUAGACGAGGUUGAAUAAUACAAUCCCAUCUUGCUUCUCUAACACAGCAUCAGAAUUUGUCUGGUUUACACACUAUGGCCUUAAGAAUUCUGUGGCUGAUCCAAACAUAAAGAUGCUUAAAGGCCAACUUCCCUUUGCAAAGAUCCUGUGUUUCCUAGGAGAGACUAUAAGAUGUAGGCAUACAAUCAGGCCAUUUGGCCCAUCGGCUCCAUCAUUCAAUCAUGGCUGAUUUAUUAUUCCUUCUCAACUCCAUUCUCCUGCUUUCUCCCCAUAACCUUUGACAACCUUACUAAUCAGCAACCUAUUAACUUCCAUUUUAAAAAAACCCAAUGAUUUGGUCUUCACUGCCUUCUGUGGGAAUGAAUUAUGUAGAUUCACCACUGAUUAGCAGAAAUUCUUCUUCAUCUCAGUUUUAAAAAAAAUAUCCCUUUAUUCUGAGGCAGUGCCCUCAGUUGCUAGACUCUUAUGCAUUUGGAAACAUCCUCUCUAUGUCCAUUCCAUCCAAGUCUUUCCGUAUUCAGUGAGUUUCAAUGAGAUAACCCCCUCGAACUUCUGAGCUCCAGGGAGUACAGACCUAGAGACAUCAGAAGUUCCUCAGAUAAUACUCUUGUAUUCCUAGGAUCACUCUCGUGAACCUCCUAGAACUAGGAGUGUAUGCAAAGGGAGACCAGAACAGGGAGGGAUCAGGGACAACUGGCCAAAUCUCAGGAUAGGCUAUUGAAUUGCAUUGAACCGCUGCUGCUAAGUUAGCAAAUGUCACGUCACAUGCCAAUGAUAAUAAACCCGAUUCUUCUGAUUCUGAGAAUCCAAAGGUCUGGAACAAAAUGAUCCUGGACAAAUACAGUUCUUUGUUUUACAAA